GACCGAGCUCCAGGCUCGGGCAGAUCUCAGCCACAGGGUAGCCAUGAGCCUGGUAGCCUGUGAGUGCCUGCCCAGCCCCAGCCUGGAGACUGAGUCCUGCUCACGAGCACAGUCCCAGACCCACGUGUACUUGGAGCAGAUUCACAACCUGGUGGCCAUGGGGGCACCUGACGUGACCAAGCGUGACUACCUGGUGGAUGCAGCCACGCAGAUCCGGCUGGCCCUGGAGCGCGAUGUUAGUGAGGACUAUGAAGCAGCCUUCAACCACUACCAGAAUGGUGUAGAUGUGCUGCUCCGCGGUGUACACGCUGACCCCAACAAGGAGCGAUGUGAGGCUGUCAAGCUGAAAAUUACCAAGUACCUGCGACGGGCAGAGGAGAUCUUCAACUGCCACCUGCAGCAGACACCGGGCAGUGGAGCCAGCCCUGGGACGGGUUUCAGCAGCCUGAGGCUCCGGCCCAUCCGCACGCUGAGCUCAGCCCUGGAGCAGCUGAGGGGCUGUCGGGUGGUUGGGGUCCUUGAGAAGGUGCAGCUGGUCCAGGACCCAGCAACUGGAGGGACCUUCGUGGUGAAGAGCCUUCCCCGGUGCCACGUGGCGAGCCGGGAGCGGCUGACCAUCAUCCCACAUGGCAUCCCCUACAUGGCCAAGCUGCUGCGCUACUUUGUGAGCGAGGACUCCAUCUUCCUGCACCUGGAGCACGUGCAAGGAGGCACUCUCUGGUCCCACCUGCUCUCCCAGGCGCACCACGGAUAUUCUGGGCUCAGGUCUGGCUCCACCCAGGAAAGGAUGAAAUUUCAGCUCAACUCCCACCUCAGCCUUCUGACUCCCGCACGGCUCCCCCUGGGCCAAACCCCCAGGCAGGACAGAAUCUACCUGGAGCCUCCAUGGACUUUUCAGAGCCUGCCCGCAGCCAAGGAGGCCCCAUCCAUCAGACCCCAGAGAGAAGCUAAAGGUGAACCGACAGCCAGGACCAGCACUUCUUGCUCCUUGGGACUUCCAAAGGCCUCUCAUGGUCACCUGCACCUUCAAGCCAGGCGGGCAGGCCAAAGCUCAGACCCUAAGCCCCCUUGGGGGCUUUCUUGGGUUCGUGAGGGAGCCGACCGGGUACUGGGAGGCUGUGGUCAAGGCAGGAUUCAGAGCCACCUGUCAAUGUCAGUGGAUGGGGCCAGCGAGGGGUGUGGCAGGACUGCCUGGAAGGUGAGGGAGGAGCAGGUGAAGCAGUGGGCAGCUGAGAUGCUGGUGGCUCUGGAGGCAUUGCACGAGCAGGGGGUGCUGUGCCAGGACCUCAACCCCCGGAACCUGCUCCUGGACAAGGCAGGUCACAUCCGGCUUACGUAUUUUGGCCAGUGGUCAGAAGUGGAGCCCCAGUGCUGCAGGGAGGCUGUGGACAACCUGUACAGUGCCCCAGAGGUGGGUGGCAUUUCUGAGCUGACUGAGGCCUGUGACUGGUGGAGCUUUGGGUCUCUACUAUAUGAACUGCUGACAGGAACGGCACUGUCCCAGAGCCACCCCUCAGGAAUCCAGGCCCAUACCCAGCUCCAGCUGCCAGAGUGGCUCAGUCGCCCAGCAGCCUCCUUGCUGACUGAGUUGCUGCAGUUCGAUCCGCACCGGCGCCUGGGUACUAGAGAUGGCGGUGUCAACAAGCUCAAGUCCCACCCCUUUUUCAGAACUAUCCAGUGGAGCAAACUGGUGGGGUAA